GAACGCGGAAGUGUGUGAGUUUCACGGUGGAAAAAAGUUAUCAUAGUUGUUUUCAUGCCAGACAGUUUUAAAAGUCACGCUUCUGCCGUUCCUCGACUCUUGAUAUUGUGUUGAAGCCGUCUGAAGACACCAAAGGAACCAGUACCUCUGAAAGAUGGGAACUAAAGCAGGCCCAGUUCAGGUCGUCGCCGUGUGUAAGGAGGAGCACUCCUUCGCUCUGGACACCGAGGCUUUGGCUCGGAUUCUGCUGGCUCCGGAGGUCCAAGACAAGAAUGUGGUGGUGCUGUCUGUGGCCGGAGCCUUCAGGAAGGGAAAGAGCUUCCUGCUGGACUUCAUGCUCCGCUAUAUGUACAGAAAUGCUGAUGCAAACUGGCUGGGAGAUGAUGAUGAGCCGCUGACUGGAUUCUCUUGGAGAGGAGGUUCAGAGCCAGAGACAACAGGCAUCCAGAUGUGGAGCGAGGUUUUCCCCAUCACAAAGAGCGAUGGAACAGAGGUGGCGGUAGUGCUGAUGGACACUCAAGGAGCCUUCGAUAACCAGUCCACUGUGAAGGACUGUGCCACCAUCUUUGCCCUCAGCACCAUGACCAGCUCCGUACAGAUCUACAACCUGUCCCAGAACAUACAGGAGGACGAUCUGCAGCAGCUACAGCUGUUCACAGAGUAUGGUCGUCUGGCCAUGGAUGAGAUCUUCCUGAAGCCCUUCCAGUCUUUGAUGUUCCUAAUCAGGGACUGGAGCUUUCCAUAUGAAUAUACCUACGGGUUCAAAGGAGGCAAGGAGUUCCUGGAUAAACGGUUACAGGUGAAUGAGACCCAGCACGAGGAGCUGCAGACAGUGAGGGAUCACAUCCAUUCGUGCUUCACCAACAUCUCCUGCUUCUUGUUACCCCACCCUGGACUGAGGGUGGCCACCAGCCCUGUCUUCGAGGGACAACUUAGCGCUGUGGCCCCGGAGUUCAAAGACGAGCUGAGGAGUUUGAUCCCUAAACUGCUGCAUCCCGACCGCCUGGCUGAGAAGGAAAUAAAUGGAAACAAAGUCACCUGCCGGGGCCUGCUGGAGUACUUUAAGGCGUAUAUCAAGAUUUACCAGGGAGAAGACCUACCACAGCCAAAGACUAUGCUCAUGGCUACAGCAGAGGCUAAUAACCUGGCUGCCGUGGCAACAGCCAAAAAUCAGUAUACCAAGAGCAUGGAGAGGGUGUGUGGGGGGGACCUGCCCUACGUGGCUCCUGAUUCUCUGAAGGAAAAGCACACCUUUAACCUGGAAGAAGCUAUCCACAGCUUCUCCUUCACCAAGAAGAUGGGCGGACAAGAGUUUUGUGACCGUUACCGAGAGCAGCUGGAAAUGGAGCUGGAGGAAAUGUGGCAGUCCCUCAGCAAGCACAACCAGUCUAAGAACCUGUUCAGCGCCUUCCGGACGCCUGCAGUGCUCUUUGUGCUGGUGUGCCUCCUCUACGUGCUGUCGGGCAUUUUGCUCUUCGUCGGCCUGGCGACCUUCGCACUGGUCUGUGACAUCAUUCUGGGCGUGGUCAUGAUGUCCAUGCUGACGUGGGCCUUCAUCCGCUACUCUGGUCGAUACCACCAGGUGGGGGGGGCCAUCGACCAGGCUGCAGGAGUCGUCCUGGAGCAGGCCACUGAGGUGUUGAACAAGUCGCGAGGUGCAGGUGCCACUGCACAGAAGAAAUCCAGUUAGAGGACCUCUGGACCCUCGUAAUCUGAUGCAAUGCUACCAGCACACAACACAAGCACACAUUCAGCACUAAAGCCUUAUCAUGCCUCCCAUUGGAACGAACAUGCAGCUCAACCACACCGGCACCAACAUGAUGCCGAUCCACCUGCAUCUUUAUUCACACUGGCUGAUAUAAAGGUGACUGGAGGCGGGGAGUUAAACCAUCCCAACCCCUCUUAUUGACUCAUGUCUUCAAAUUGACACUGCCAUCAUUUUACAAGUUAACAAUUGGUCUUAAUAGACAAGUCUAUGUUUACCUUAUAAAACACUCACUUGGUUGUAUAUUGUUGAACCAGGGGUAGUCAGGGUGAUUUUCAAACAAAGCUUCUGCAGUAUAUCUUAAUACCGUUAAAACAAAAAUGCUGGCUUUAAAGCUUAUACAUUUAUACAUAUUUUCUUCGUGGCUAUAUUUUUUUUACUUUGUGGCCUUAAACACAUUCCAUUCUGUUUGUAGAUUUGCUUUAUAUUUGAUAUUAACGAGCAUUUCUAGAAGAGUGAACUAUUACUACUUUGAAAGGAGAAGAGGAUACGCACUUUCUGCAUAGUUUACUAGAUUUUGAAAGCUGCAUGUAAUGGGAUGUCAGCUGAAUCUCAAGUGCUUUGCUGCUUAUUUCUUGAUGGAAAUGUGUUACACUUUGUACAUUUUGAUACUGUAUAUUAGACUCUUCUAGCUAAAUUAUAUAUAGGAAAUUCUAUGCUGCAAUAUUUUCCAACUCCAAAGAAAAUACAUUAUUGGAAUAAUAAUAAAAGAUGGUGAUUGCACAACUAUGUAAAACUAGCCAAAGAGUAAAUUAUACUAUAUAGCACUACAAUGAACUGUCACUCAAAUAUGGACAGUGUUAAACAAAUAAAAAGAAGGAUGUUUAAACAGACAGAAAACUCAAGUAAUCAGAAAGCACAGAGCCAAGGCCAGAUGUACUAUCAAUGUUCACAAAAGUCAAACAUAAUGCAUGUCUCUGCCCCAUUAUUCAGCCCGGCUCCAGAAUUAAACCGAUUCUUCCUCGUCCCACACCACACCAUUCCACCAGCUUUUGUGAUCUUGCUAAAACAAACAAGAAAGGAAAACAUAACCUCCUAAUCAGCACUUAGACAGAUGAUGUCUGCUCAUAUCUGAAGUUUACAAAAAUCCUUAACAUGUAGCCAUGUGUGUACCUCAGGAGAUAUUUCCUGAUGUUACUUCUUUAAUGUAGCCUCAGCUCCACAACACGCUCUGUGAUCACUGUGAUGCAUUCUGCCAGUUGGUGAUCUGGCUACAGCUAAAAGGGACAUUACAACUAUUUCACAGCUACUCAUCCUCUGAAUAGUCUGGUCUCUGGUAACCUCUCAAGUAUAUCUUUGUCAAUGAUUUUAUUGUUAAAUGAAUCAUUGACAAAUAAUAAAACCACAUCUCUUAAAAGUAAAAUAAUAGUUGUUUAUAUGUUCUCAAAGUCCUUUGUUUACCUGCAAUCAGUUAACCAGUAGUUUCCGAAGAGCAGUCAUACAUCAUGAAAUAAGUCGACAGUGGAAUGAUUAGGUUUUAGUGUUUCUUUGUAAGGCGGGUAAAUUCAGACAGAUUCAACUAUGCCCUACAUCGUUGAAUAUAAGAGUCAGAUUCUCUUAAUUAAAUAUUGUAAAAUAGGUCUCUCUUAAAUGCCUGAGAGCAAAAGAAGGUGAAAUGUAAAAAAUGAUCAUCAAAAAUGCUUUAAUCUCUCAGUGAUUACAUACUAUAGCUCUUAUGAUCACUUGGCAAAAAAAGAAAUGUGGAAAUUGGAAGGACGAUGAUCUUUGACCACCAUUUUGCACAUCGACAACAGGAGGACAAAUGUAUCAAGCACUUUCUAUUUCACUGCCCUCCUCUGGUUGUUUUUGCAGAACAGCUCAUUGAAAAGGGGAUAAUGCAUGCACUGUUACGGCUAAUGUAAUCAUCUCGUGUGGGGUAUGGUGGCCUUGACUUGAGAAAUGCUGUUUUCUAAAGAAUAAACAAAGCUUCAAACUGUUAA